UUGUGGUGGUGUGUGCCGUGUGUAGUAGUGUGGUGUGCGCCCACUAAUGUGUCUGACAGCACACGUGAUCUGAGGAAAGUCACCACAGUGCCGCCAACCUCUGCAUAUUCUCCACAACAUAGCCACAAAAUGGACACCUUGGUCCGUGAUUUUGAUGAAGCUCUCCUCAAUGACCUGGAGUGCCCUGUCUGCACGGAGUACAUGAGUCCGCCAAUAACGCUCUGCAGCAAUGGGCACAAUAUCUGCAAGAAAUGCAGGCAGAAUGUCGAAUGCUGUCCGAUCUGCAGAGGACAGCUUUCAGGUAUAAGAAACGUCACCCUGGAGAAGAUCGCGAGAAGACAGCAGUACCCGUGUACGAACCGGGACAGAGGCUGCCCCCAGGUGUUCUCCAUGGACCUAAUCGCCGACCACCAUGCCGUGUGUCGCUACGGGCCCUUAAGAUGCCCUAUGAACAAGUUCCCAUCCGUCAGCUGCUCGUGGAAGGGACUCUUGUCGGAGAUCAAGAAGCAUGUUCAAGACUCGCACGAAGCCUACUUCAAGGACACGCCUUACGUCAGGUCACAUUACGUAGGGAAUGGAGAAGCAGUGAGAUUUAUCACGAACGAAACAUUUUUAUGUUACAAGAGGAUCAAAGACGACAAGUUGUUUUGUGUGGUUCAGUUAGUGGGCACAAAAGAAGAGGCUUCGAAAUACAAAAGCCAGUUUACACUUUGCGGGGGGAACGGUGUCGAUAAAAUUGUAGAGACUUUCGUUGUCAGAAGUUUUACAGAAGAUUUUUGUGAGAGUUUUCAGUCUGGAAAAUGUCUGAUCCUCGAUGACAGAGUGAUUAGGAAUUUUGUUGUGGAUGGAAAACUCAACUUAACGAUCAGUGUUUCGACAAUUGAGAAAUGACAACAACAAAAAAACCCUGCAAAUUCAAUCGAUGUGCUAAGCCAGAGAACGCCAGUGAAUUUUGAACUUACGGCAUCAACAAAGACGUCUUCUUUUUUUUAUUUGUAGUGUUCUGUCUGACGACAGGUCCAUAUGAACAGGAUCCUUCCAUCCUUUUCUCGGACUGGGACCUGUUCAUAUACGUUCUUGGCAGAGAUGAUCAGAAGUGGUUUG